UCUCUCUAAAUGCUCCUGAUUGACGCUCAUUUCGCGUCUCAUUUCCAGGUGACCAGCCAUCAUGCUCGCCGCCGCAGCGGGGGGGAAGCUGGACCUGUCCCAGCUCACAGACCAGGAGGCCAGGCAUGUGUGGGAGGUGGUCCAGAGAGACUUUGACCUGCGGAGGAAGGAGGAGGACCGCCUCGGUGAACUAAAGAGUAAGAUAGAGAGAGAAGACACGAAGCGAGAGCUGCUGGGGACUCGGAGCAGCCUGACCGAGUCUUACUGCAUUCGAUGUCUGGAGCCCUUCAAGUUCCUGGUCAGCAUCAAACGCCAGUGUUUGGACUGCCGCCUGCACGUCUGCAAGUCCUGCAGCCGCCUCAGUAAGAGGGAGCAAGGCUGGGUGUGCGAGCCCUGCCACAUGGCCAGGGUGCUUAGAAUCGGUACCCUGGAAUGGUACCAUGAGAACGUCCGUGCUCGCUUCAAGCGCUUUGGCAGCGCUAAGGUGAUGCGAUCACUCUUUAAGAGAUUCAGCAAGGAGCACAGCUGCUCUCAGAGCGACCCUGGAGAGUUUGACACUCAGAGCCUGCCUGAAGUCCACAGUAAGUAG